AUGGCCGCCCCACCGAGCGCGUCGUCGUCGCGCCCACCGCCCGCGUCGUCGUUCGUCCCUCCACCCCGCCUCGUCAACGACCUCGCGGCCCUGCGCGACCCAGCCCGCGUCUCAGACGAGCUGUGGCAAGAUGUCACCGAGGAGAGCGUCUUGUGGCUCCUCUCGCUCGCGCCGUCGGCGUCCUCCUCGUCGACCACCGCACCGCCGUCGGCCAAGGGCAAGGAGCGCGCCCGCAUCGACGACGACGGCGUUGCGCUCGACGAGGCGCUCGUGCACUGGUACUGCGGCGCGAGGGGCGCGGGAGGGUGCUGGGAGCCGGCGACGCUGUGCGUGCGCCUGCUGGGCAUGAAGCGGCUCAACCAGGUGGCGGAUUGGCGCGACCAGUUCGAGCGGCUCAUGCAGACGUGUCCGGCAUGCGUCGAGGCGUAUCAGCGCUCAAAGCGGGAGUUCCGCGGCAACUACCUGCGGCACUACAAGCCCGAGAAGUCGAUCGAAACGUUCUCGAAGGGCGUCGAGGCCAUCGAACUGUCGAGCGUGCUCACGUCGUUCGCCGCCGCCGGGUUCGACACCCCGCCAACCUCGCCGUCCGACUCGCCGUGGCGACCCGCUCGAUCCGCCUCACUCGCCCACGUGCCUCUCGCCAUCGUGCAGAACGUGCUCGUCAACUCGAGCAUUUUCGAGAACGACGACGUCCUCGAGAUGCUCCUGUCGGGCCUUCCCCUCCCUCAACCUCUUCCCCUCCCUCGAACGCCGUCCGCCGGCCUCCUCGCCCUGCGCCUCCACCACUCUCGCCUCUUGCGCGAGUUUUCCGACCUGCACCUCUCGCGCUGCACCAAGCAGCCGGCCUCGCUCGAGUACCAGCGACGAGCGCUCGGCCCGGUCCUCGACUCGCACCUCGGCGUCCUCGCGAGUCGAGAUCGCGGCGAGGUCGGCGCCCCCACGGGCAUCCGCAUGCUGUACACGGACCAGCGUCGCGACUUUAUGGACGGCGUCGCGGCGUGCCUGCGGGUCCUGUCGGGCGAGGCGAUCCGGGACCACCUCGUGCGCCGAGCAACGUCGCUCGCCGCGUCGCUCGACGUCGUCCACCUCGUGUGCGCGCACCUCAGCGACGCCGGCGACCACCUCGAGUCGGUCCUCGCGAGCUUCAAGGUCCUCCUCGAGCGGCUCGGCGCCCAUUUCUGGUCCGUCGGCGACGACAAGUACGAGGAGGUCGUGCUGCACGCCAUCCUCGACAACCCCGAGCUGCACGACGCGUUCGAGUCGGACCCGCACCUCCUCGCGUCCGGCUCGAGCGGCCCCCUCGACUCGCCCUGGCUCGACUGGCUCGCGCCCUUCCUCCUGUCGGUCGCCCACUCGCCCGCCCUGUUCACCAACUCGCUCGCCCUCAUCGCGUCGACUUUCCUCGACCGCCUCCAGCAGUCGCGGUUCGAGGCCGUCGCGCGCACUCGAGCGCUCCAAGUCGCGCUCGCCCUCCUCACCGACGUCUUCCUCGCGCCCUCGGCCGCCCCGACCCCGACCUCGUCAGCCGCCGACCUCGUCGCCGCCGCGCCGCGGUACCCUCACGCCGCCGCCGCCGCCAAGGUGCUCGACUUGCACGCGGCGACCGUCGCCUCGUUCGCCUUCUCGGCGACCUUCCUCGGGCCCGAGUGGGCCGCCGCGUCCGAGGCGGCGCGCACGUUCGUCGCCGGCCUGGCGAGGCGCGACGGCAAGGCGAUCGCGCGCGCCGUGUACCAGCUCGCGACGUUCGCGCAGCAGCACACCGAGCGCGAGCGGCGCGAGCGCAAGCGGCUGCAGCGCAUCGCUGCCGGCGACGAGGCGGCCAAGAAGGAGCGCGAGUUGCCACCAGUUCGCCCGCCGAGGGUCGUCGCGUACGCCAAGGCGCUGUGGGACCAGGCGUACGCGACGGUGCGCGAGGGCGACACGCGCGGCACGGCCAUCCUCGUCCAGGGCGUCGCGGCGACGGCCCAGUUCGAGAAGCUCACGAGCCGGUCGUGGUACGUCAAGGACCUCGUGCGGCCCCAGAUGAAGGCCGUCAACGACGCCCUCGCCGCUGUGCGCGACCCGAUCGUCGACCUCGUCAUGCAGCUCGCCGACGAGCCGCCGCCUGUCCUCCUCGAGUUCCUCGACCGCCCCAACAUCGUCCAGCACAUGAUCUCGCUCCUCCUGUCGCCCGUCGAGGCGGUCCACAACACGGCCCAAGGCCUCGUCAAGCAGGCGUUCGACGCGACGACCCGUCGAGACGUGUUCCACCACCUCAUGGCCAAGUGGCCCGAGGCGACGCUCAAGGGCCUCGCCGGCGCCCUCCAGCUGUUCCAGACGAGCGCCAAGAACCUGCCCGAGGCGUGCGGCAUAGCCAAGCGCCUCGUACGGUGCCUGUCGGACGCGCUCGACGUCCUGUGCGACAAGACCGACGGCCUCCUGCGCGAUCCCGACUUCGUGCGCCGCGGCCGCGACUUUCGCCUCCAGACCAAGCUCGUCGCCCUGUGGAAGCUCAUGGGCGAGGCCCUCGCGCUCCUGUUCCGCCGCACGCCCGACUGGGCCGUCUUCUUCCAGAACGACGAGAUGACCGAGUGGAUGCGCGACGCCAUCCUGUUCGGCGCCGACAUGCUCGACCAGUUCCGCGUCCUCGAGACGGUUAUCUCGGGCCAGUCGCUCGACCGGUUCGCCACGUCGUCGUCAAACGGCGCCGGCGCCGGCGCCGACCCGGGCUCGCCGACCAAGGGCAGCAGCACCAAGGAGUCGCACAUGGCCGAGAGCAUGAUCAGCGCCCUCGCCGACCCGCUCGAGGACCUCAUCGCGUGGCUCCGCCUCAAUGACGAGGACCUCCUCACGCACGCCUUCAACCUCGUCCUGCGCAUGGUCGCGCGCUUCACCCGCUCGCGCAUCGCGCUCCGCGACACGAUCGCGGCCAAGUUGCGGCGCAUCGCCGACAAGCCGGCGGCGGGCACGGCGCAGGACAGCGAGAAGCGCUCGACCAUCCUGCGCGAGGGCGAGCUCCUCCAGCUGCGCGAGGCGAUCGAGGACAACGAGGACGCCGCCCGGCGCCGCAAGGAGGGCGGCAGGCGCGCCGAGAUCCUCGAGCUGAGCGACGACGAGGCCAAGCUCGGCGUGGCAGGUGCGCCGUCGUCGUCGUCGUCGGCGUCGAGCCUGCGCGUCAAGGGCAACGUGACGACGUCGUCCGGCCCCGUCCAGUCCAAGCUCCCGUUCCCGACGCUCCCCGGUCGUGCACCGCCGACGAGCAGGAAGCAGCCUCGUCGGUCCGUGCCAGUCGCACCGCGAGCCCGAGGCGUCCCGUGGACGACCUACUCGUCCAAGAAGGCCGACGAGUCCGAGACCGAGUCGUCCGAGGACGAGGACGUCGUGCGAGGCGCCGACGGCAAGAAGCUCACGGGCCUCGCCCUGCUCGCCAAGGACCAGAAGCCGUCGAUCCGCAAGCCGCAGCAGGAGAGCCGUCGCGGCGUCGUCAUGCUCGGCAUGCGGGACGAGGACCGGCGCGGCGGGUUCAACCCGCGCUCUCGCGGCGCCGGCGCGCUCAACGGCCGCACGCAGGAGGACCGCCAGGCGAUCCGGGCGGCGCGGCUCCGCUCGGCGCAGGACCUGUCGCGGCUCCACCGCGCCAUCCUUCAGUGGGACCCGGCGUGCGAGGACGACGUGCCGCCCAACGUCGACCUCACGUCCCGUCCCGGCGGCGCCUUCAAGUCGGCGCGCGACUACUUUGCCGCGUUCGAGCCCCUCCUCGUCACCGAGUGCUGGGAGCAGGUGCGCCAGGCCAAGCUCGAGUCGCGGCAGGACGCCCAGAUCCUCCAGGUCGACGUCGCCGGUCGCCAGUCGGUCGACGACUUUAUCGACGUCUUCUGCACUGUCGCCCACUCGCAAGUGCGCGACCGCAUCUUCUUCGGCGAGACCGACCUCGUGUGGCUGCGGCAGGGUCCUCGCCAGAUCUACGCCAAGAUCCAGUCGUCGAACCGCAAGCGCGAGCACAUCGAGCUCACGCUGCGCUGUCACCUCGGCAACGACGUGCACGGCGCUGGGUCGGGCCUCGUCGGCCGCACCAGGUGGGAGCUCGUCAAGCUCGCCAACUUGAGCACCGUCUCGCGCGAGUACGCUGCGCUCCAAGCGCUCGAGUUCAUCGACCUGUGCGGCGACAUCCUCGACCCUCGACCGCCAGCAGCCCUCGGCGCCGACGCCCGCACCAUCGAACAGCACGUCAAGGCGUACAAGGUCAACGAGCCGCAGGCGACGAGCACGAUCGUCGGCCUCGUCGGCGCCUUUGUCGACUCGCGCCCCAAGGUCGCCGCGCCCAUCAGCGUCGGCCGCCCGACCGCGCCUGGCGAGAUCCCGCCCGUCGCCAAGAUUCUCCUGUGCGCGCCGAGUAACGCCGCCGUCGACGAGGUCGCCAAGCGCCUCAAGGAGGGCGUGCGCCUCAUGGACGGCUCGCUGUACGUGCCCAAGGUCGUCCGCAUCGGCGCCGACUCGUCGAUCGACAUCGCCGUCAAGGACGUCUUUAUCGACGAGCUCGUCGAGAGCGCCCUCAGCGGCACCAAGUCGUCGGCUGGGUCGUCGGACGCACAAGCGCGCAUGCAGUCGAUGCGCGCCGAGAUCGACACGUUGCGCGGCGAGCGCGACCUCAAGCGCCUCGAGAUGGACUCGGUCGUCAGCAACGACUUCAAGCGCGGCGAGCUCAACCUCGAGCUCAAGAAGAUCAAGUCGCGCCUGUUCGAGCUCCAGCAGCGACUCGACAGCGAGCGCGACAAGGCGCAGCAGUCGCGGCGCGCCAUGGACGCCGAGCAGCGCAAGAUGCGCCUCAAGAUCCUGUCCGAGGCCGACGUCAUCUGCUCGACGCUGUCCGGCGCAGGGCACGACUACAUGUCGCAGCUCCCGUUCGACUUUGAGACGGUCAUCAUCGACGAGGCGGCCCAGUCGGUCGAGCUCAGCUCGCUCAUCCCGCUCAAGUACGGCUGCACUCGCUGCAUCCUCGUCGGCGAUCCGCUCCAGCUCCCGCCGACCGUCAUCUCGAGCGUCGCCUCGCGUGGCGGCUACGACCGCUCGCUCUUCGUGCGCGUCAUGCAGCGAGGCCCGCAGGCGGUCCACCUCCUGUCGAUCCAGUACCGCAUGCACCCCAACAUCUCGGCGUUCCCGUCGGCGGCCUUUUACCAGUCGCGGUUGACGGACGGGCCCGACAUGGACAAGAAGACGCUCCAGCCGUGGCACGCCAACGCCCUGUUCCCGCCGUACGCCUUCUACCACGUCCAGGGCCAGGAGCAGACGGGCCGGUACCACUCGUUCACCAACCCGAUCGAGGCGGCGACGGCGCUCGCCAUGUACGAGCGCCUCAAGCGCGACUACCCGUCGAUCGACUUUGACUACCGCGUCGGCAUCGUCACGCCGUACAAGGGCCAGGUCGGCGAGCUCAAGCGCCAGUUCCGCCAGCGGUUCGGCGAGGACAUCCUCACCAAGAUCAGCUUCAACACGGUCGAUGGCUUCCAGGGCCAGGAAAAGGACAUCAUCAUCCUGUCGUGCGUCCGAGGCGGCUCGACCGACAAGGGCGUCGGCUUCUUGGCCGACACGCGCCGCAUGAACGUCGCCCUGACGCGAGCGCGGUCGUCGAUCUGGAUCCUCGGCGACUCGAACAAGCUGCGCUUCAACCAGUACUGGGGCAAGCUCGUCGCCGACGCCGAGGCAAGGAGCAUGUUCCGCAAGGCCGACGCCAACGUCUUCCGCUCGGCGGCCUUUGCUCCGCCCGUCGUUCGUGCUGCACCUGCACCCGUCGUCAAGUCGCACGCCGCCCCUCUCGAGACGUCGUCGGCGUACGACCCUUCGCUCGGCGCCGCUUAUUCUCGCCGCCCCGGCGCGACCGUCGUCGCCCACCCGGGCGACCUCAAGCGCCCUAACGGCGCUGUCGCCGCAGGAGAUGCGUCCGGGCCGGUCAAGAAGCCCAAGCUCGAGGACGGCGAGGUCGAAGAGCGCAAGCCUGCCCUCCCGGCCGGCCUGCACGCCCUCCCGCGGCGCGCGCUUCCCGGGCGACCGGCGCCUGCUCCUGCAGCGGGUGCGGCUUCAGGGUCUGGUGCGUCGGGCGCACCUGCGCCGCCGAGGCCGACGACGACGGUCGUCAAGAAGAAGGCGCCGCCAUCGCUGUUCGUGCCGAAGAAGCGCCCGCCGCCCAAGUAGCUCUCCCUCCCUCCUCUCCUCUCCUUUCCUCUCUCGCCUCUUACUCGUGCCCUCCCUGUGUACCCCUCACCGUACCCGUGUCUUUUCUCUCGCAAACUCGCAACCCCUCCUCGUCCUCGUACCGUCCCUCUCGCAACUUGCACUUUCUCCCGC